CAACAACACUAGUUCAUUUAUAUACUCUAAAUAAUUGGUAUAUUAUUGAAUCACCAACUUUACAAAACACUUAAUUCCAUGGCUUCAUCUAAUGAUCAUCCCUUAUUGAUCUUCAUUUUCAUUCUCAUCAUCUCUUUCACUCUAGGAUCCUCUUUCGAUCAUCAAAACGAUUUCGGAAAAUGGGUAUCUUGGAACCUCGAAAAUUAUCGAUCCAAAUCAAACAUGGUCUCAAUAAUGUCGUCGAAGUCGGAGUCUUCAAUUGUUGGCGGUGGCGGGGAAACUGCCGGUCUUGAUCCAAAGCUGGCGUGGGCAGAGGCAAAUAGGAUGAGAAUAACGGUCAGCCAAGACGGAACCGGCGAUUUCAUGACGGUCAUGGAAGCCAUUGCCAGCCUUCCAUAUUAUAAUAAGAAGAGGAGAGUCAUUAUUGAUAUUAAACCUGGAGUCUAUAGGGAAAAGAUCUACAUUCGAAAGGGCUUACAAUUCAUAACACUAAUGGGCGAUUCCGACAAUCCUCCGACCAUUACAGGUAACGACACAGCAUCCACGGUUGCCGGAAGAGACGGAAAUCCAAUGAGAACCUUUCUCAGCGCCACCGUUGCCGUUGAUGCUGAUUAUUUCAUAGCCGUUAACUUAAAAUUCGAGAACACGGCGCCGCACGUGAUAGGUUCAAAAGGAGGACAAGCGGUGGCGAUGAGAAUAUCAGGAACAAAAGCUGCGUUUUAUAAUUGCAGUUUCUACGGCAGUCAAGAUACUUUAUACGAUCAUCGUGGACUCCAUUAUUUCUCAAAUUGUUUCAUUCAAGGUUCAGUCGAUUUCAUUUUCGGCUAUGGACGUUCAUUUUACGAUCGCUGUACACUUUACUCUGUAUCGCCAAAAGCCGCUUCUCUCACGGCGCAAAAACGCUCUACCGCAUCUCUAACCUCUGGAUUCUCCUUUAAAGACUGUACGGUUACCGGAUCCGGCGCCGGAAAAGUGUAUUUGGGAAGAGCUUGGGGCGAUUUCUCUAGAGUCGUUUACUCUUUUACUUAUUUGGAUAGAAUUGUAACGCCUCAGGGUUGGAGCGAUUGGGGAAAACGCAGCCGCGAUUCGAGAGUUUAUUAUGGAGAGUAUCAAUGUAGUGGGCCGGGGUCUAAUAUGACAGGGAGAGUGACGUGGGCUCAUAUAUUAACGGAUGAAGAGGCCCAGCCUUUUCUUGAUACUUAUUUCAUUAGUGGUGAUAGUUGGAUUGUUAGCCCAUAAGUUUGGGCCCAAUAUUUUUAUUUAUUUACUGGUUUGGGCUUGUGUGUAUGUGUGUGUUUGUUUGUCUAUGGAGAGUAUCAAUGUAGUGGGCCGGGAUCUAAUAUGACAGGGAGAGUGACGUGGGCUCAUAUAUUAACGGAUGAAGAGGCCCAGCCUUUUCUUGAUACUUAUUUCAUUAGUGGUGAUAGUUGGAUUGUUAGCCCAUAAGUUUGGGCCCAAUAUUUAUAUUUAUUUACUGGUUUGGGCUUGUGUGUAUGUGUGUGUUUGUUUGUCUUUUAUUUCUAUUUGUAUGUGACUUUCUUGAAGAAAUGUAAUCAUCAUUAAAUAAUGAACAUUGUACUAUUAACCUUGUUGAUAA